GCCCCGAGAGCCUCGGUGACUCCAACGGCACCUGACGGGUUCGAUUCCCGCCUCGGGCACCUCCCCUUCCGACUCAGCCUUAGUUUCCUCAUCUGUGUCAUGGAGAAUGAUGGCUGCUGGGAGGAGGUGGGGGCAGGGAUUGGGAAGUAGACGCCCCAGUGCCGGACCCUCGGAGGGACAUGAUGGCCCUUCCCCUCCUGGGGCCGACUGGGGGUGCUGCCGGCCAGCCUGGCCCUCGGAGGAGCCCCCACGGGCCCCGCUAUGGGCGAGAGGCGCAGCCGGCUGCCAGAGGCCGGUGGGCGAGGACGCCAUGGGGACGGGCAGGGCCUCCUCCGGCCCCCGUGUGGGCGGCGGGCGCCGACGUGACUCAUGGCCUCACCCGCCGGGCUGGCCUCUGAAGUGGCGGGCCCCCAGCCGCGGUGUCACUCCUGCCGGCCCCCGUAACCCAGCCAGUUCUCCUGCUGCCGCCUCAUUCCAGGCGUGACCCCGCACCUGACGGCUGUGCUCCUCCCCACCUGCCUCCGGGAGGCCGGGGCCCGGCGGGAUGUGGGCCUCCCACCCUUGGCCUUCCUCCGCUCAGCUCCAGCCGGGGGGGCCGACCCCAGGGCCCCCGGCCUCAGCCCUGCCACCGCCUCCGGGGAGGGGGCCCGUCCCAUCCUAGUCGUCUCAGGCCCACGAAACAUGAGCAAGAAUCCCAAGGAAAUGGUCCCGCUGAUGGGCAAGAAGACCGGCACCCCCAGUGCAGCCCCCGUGUGCCCGCUGGAGAGGAGGCCCGCCGAGGUCACCCCCACCAAGAAAAGCGCCCACUUCUUUCUUGAAAUUGAAGGCUUCGAACCCAACCCGGCCGCCAACAAACCUUCUCCUCCCAUCUUCCCCAAGCCCAUGGACUCCAACAUCCGCCAAUGCAACCCCGGGCACUGCGAUGACAUGGAUUCUCCCCAGUCCCCUCAGGACGACAUCACGGAGACGCCCUCAAAUCCCAACAGCCCAUGCGUCAGUCUAGCCAAGGAGGAGCAGAAGAGGAACAGAAAGAGGCUGAAGAAGCGCCUCUUCGCGGCGGCAGCGGAGGGCAGCGUGGAGGAGCUGAGCGUGCUGCUCACGGAGCUCUGGGAGCUGGCCAGGAGGCGCAGGACCAUGGACCCGAUGGACUACCUGAUGCACAAGCUCACAGCCUCCGACACUGGGAAGACGUGUCUCAUGAAGGCCCUGCUGAACAUCAACCCCAACACCGAGGAAGUCGUCAGAACCCUGCUCACCUUUGCUGAAGAAAAUGGCAUUUUGGAGCAGUUCAUCAAUGCGGAGUACACAGAGGAAGCCUACAGAGGACAGACGGCCUUGAACAUCGCCAUUGAGCGCAGGCAGGUGGCCAUCACCAAGACCCUGAUCGAUAACGGGGCUGAUGUCAACGCCCACGCCAAAGGUUUAUUCUUUAACCCCAAGCACAAGCACGAAGGCUUCUACUUUGGUGAGACGCCCCUGGCCCUGGCUGCCUGCACCAACCAGCCCGAGAUCGUCCAGCUGCUGAUGGACAACGAGAAGACGGACAUCGCCUCCCAGGACUCGCAGGGAAACAACAUCCUGCACGCGCUGGUGACCGUGGCCGAGGACUGCCGGACGCAGAACGACUUUGUCAAGGAGAUGUAUGACAUGAUCCUCCUGAGAAGCGAGGACCCGGAGCUGGAGACUGCGCAGAACAACGAUGGCCUGACGCCGCUCCAGCUCGCCGCCAAGACGGGCAAGUCAGAGAUCCUCAAGUACAUCCUGAGCCGGGAGAUCAAGGAAAAGCCCCACCGGAGCCUGUCGAGGAAGUUCACGGACUGGGCUUAUGGACCCGUCUCGUCCUCCCUGUACGACCUCACGGAUGUGGACACCACCACGGACAACUCGGUGCUGGAGAUCAUCGUGUACAACACCAACAUCGACAACCGCCAUGAGAUGCUGACCCUGGAGCCCCUGCACACGCUGCUGCGAAUGAAAUGGAAGAAGUUUGCGAAAUACAUGUUCUUCACGUCCUUCUGCUUCUAUUUCUUUUAUAAUAUCACCCUGACCCUGGUCUCUUACUAUCGGCCACGGGAGGAGGAGGGACGGGGGCUCUCCGCCGGCCCGGAGUCCGGCCUGAACAAGAGCGCACUGCCGCACCCCCUGGCCCUGACGCACAAGAUGGGGUGGCUGCAGCUCAUCGGCAGGAUGUUCGUGCUGAUCUGGGCCACGUGUAUCUCUGUGAAAGAGGGCAUUGCUAUCUUCCUGCUGAGGCCCUCGGACCUGCAGUCCAUCCUCUCGGAUGCCUGGUUCCACUUUGCAUUCUUCAUCCAGGCUGUGCUCGUGAUCCUGUCGGUCUUCUUGUACCUGUUUGCCUACAAAGCGUACCUGGCCUGCCUGGUGCUGGCCAUGGCUCUGGGCUGGGCCAACAUGCUUUAUUACACGCGGGGCUUCCAGUCCAUGGGCAUGUACAGCGUCAUGAUCCAGAAGGUCAUCUUGCACGACGUCCUGAAGUUUCUCUUUGUGUACAUCGUGUUCUUACUUGGGUUCGGCGUGGCCCUCGCCUCCCUCAUUGAGAAGUGCCCGGACAGCAAAGGGGAGUGCAGCUCGUACGGAAGCUUCAGCGACGCGGUGCUCGAGCUCUUCAAGCUCACCAUCGGCCUGGGCGACCUCAACAUCCAGCAGAACUCCAAGUACCCCAUCCUCUUCCUCUUCCUGCUCAUCACCUACGUCAUCCUGACCUUCGUCCUCCUCCUCAACAUGCUGAUCGCCCUGAUGGGGGAGACCGUGGAGAACAUCUCCAAGGAGAGCGAGCGGAUCUGGCGGCUCCAGAGAGCCAGGACCAUUCUGGAAUUUGAGAAACUGCUGCCUGAGUGGCUGCGCUGCAAGUUCCGCAUGGGAGAGCUCUGCAAGGUGGCCCAGGAAGACUUCAGGCUGUGCUUGAGAAUAAAUGAAGUGAAAUGGACAGAAUGGAAAACGCACGUCUCCUUUAUCAGUGAGGACCCCGGGCCCGGCCGCAGCCUAGGUACUGGCCCGAUGGGCACUGGGGGCCAGGGCUCAGGCCCAUGGGGGGCCCGGGGGCAGGGACCUGCCGAGUCUCCAAAUGAGCCCAACUUUGAGUGCUCCUUUUAG